AAAAAGUUGCUUAUUAUCGUUACAAAUCUGAAAUUGAGAGACUUACAAGUGUCCGUUGAUGGAUUCAUACACAUAUACAUGUAUAUUUGUAUGUAUAUACCGAUCUCGAAUAUUGAAUUGUUAGAGAAAGAAGGAACCAUGCAUGAAUCAAUAAUAUUGAAUCGCCGAUUUCCACCUAACCCCAAUUAGGCGUUGUUUGGAUACAUCACCUUCGUGUUCUGUGCUCUUAUUAUUUUUAUUUUUUUUUUGUCUUCACUCGAGAUCUGAUUGCGAUUAUUGAUUCAAUCUCAAGGGAAAAAUGGUGUUUCUUGAAUGGGAAUUCAUCGAUUCCGCGUUGGGAGUGAGUUGACGACAGAUGGAUUUUCUCGAGAAAACGUGGUCCUCUCGUUUAUAUAAGACCAUCUUCCCCACUCCCCUUCUCUUUGGAAUUGGUUACGAUGGUCUCCAAAUGAGAAGUUAACAAUGACUUGGUCGAGGAUUGCUAGUAGAUGGAUGCCCCAGACAAGUCAUUCCCUGAUCUAUUAGGCAUACUGAAAUCGUGGAUCCCUUGGCGGUCCGAGCCAGCUAAUGUGUCGAGGGACUUUUGGAUGCCCGAUCAGAGUUGUAGGGUAUGCUACGAGUGUGAUUCCCAGUUUACAUUGUUUAACCGUAGACACCAUUGUCGACAUUGUGGGCGAGUUUUCUGUGCCAAGUGUACUGCAAACUGGGUUCCCGCACCGCCUAGUGAGCCAAAUACUGCCAGGGAAGAGUGGGAUAGGAUUAGGGUUUGUAAUUUCUGUUUCAAACAAUGGGAGCAGGGCUUAAUUACCGUUGAUAAUGGGAUCCAGGUUGCCAACCUGGAUCUCAGUUCUUCGCCAUCAACGACGAGUCUUGUCAGCUCCAAAUCUAGUGGCACUGUUGACAGUAGCUGCGUUACAUUUUCAUCAAUGCCACAUUCAGUUGAGUCUUUCCAACAAAAUCACCCUUCUGUUCUCAGCCCUCGUCAACCAGUAGCAAUGCAGAUGAAUGUAGAUAGUGAAGGUGUAGUCGCAUCAGAAAGGAGCAGCGAUCAUGUUGCAGACAUGCAGAUUCCAUCUCCAACCCAAUUUAGGUUUUGCAUGAACAGGAGUGAUGAUGACGAUGAUGAAUAUGGAUCUUACCGGUUAGAUUCCAAAACAGGGCAUUUUCCUCAGACUAAUGGCUACUAUGCUCAGGUUGAAUUUGACGAGAUUGAUAAUGGUUAUAGUUCACAUAAAGUGCAUCCUGAUGGAGAAGCUAUUGACACUAACAGUGUAAGCAGCUCUUUGUUACACAAUAGCUUUCAUUCAGUGGGUUCAGAAGGAAUCCAACAGCUUGUCAAAAAAGAAGAUGAACGCGAUAUUGGUGAUGAAUGUGAAGCGCCUUCCUCUUUAUAUGCCGCAGCAGAUGUUGAUGCUGAACCUGUGGAUUUUGAAAACAAUGGACUUCUCUGGCUCCCCCCUGAACCCGAAGAUGAAGAAGAUGAAAGGGAAGCUCUUCUGUUUGACGAUGAUGAUGAGGGGGAUGCUACUGGUGAAUGGGGUUAUCUCCGCACUUCAAGUAGUUUUGGAAGUGGGGAGCAUCGAAAUAGGGACAAGUCAAAUGAGGAGCACAAGAAGGCCAUGAAGAAUGUGGUUGAUGGGCACUUUACGGCUUUGGUAGCUCAGCUAUUGCAGGUUGAAAACAUUCCUUUGGGUGAGGAAGAUGACAACGAAAGUUGGUUAGAGAUAAUUACAUCUUUGUCAUGGGAGGCUGCUACAUUAUUAAAGCCAGAUAUGAGCAAAGGUGGGGGAAUGGAUCCUGGAGGAUACGUGAAGGUAAAAUGCAUAGCUUCCGGGCAUCGCUCUGACAGUAUGGUGGUCAAAGGAGUUGUUUGCAAGAAAAAUGUUGCCCACCGGCGGAUGACAUCAAGAAUAGAGAAACCUCGCAUGUUGAUCCUUGGAGGGGCUCUUGAGUACCAGCGAGUGUCUAACCACUUAUCAAGUUUUGAUACUCUAUUGCAGCAGGAAAUGGAUCAUCUAAAGAUGGCUGUUGCAAAGAUAGAUGCGUACCAACCUGAUCUCCUUUUGGUGGAGAAAUCAGUUUCUCGAUUUGCUCAGGAAUACCUUCUUGCAAAAGACAUAUCACUUGUUCUCAAUAUCAAGAGACCUCUCUUGGAGCGCAUAGCCCGCUGCAUAGGCAGUCAGAUUGUCCCUUCAAUUGAUCAUCUCUCAUCACAGAAGUUGGGACACUGUGACAUGUUCCACGUUGAGAGAGUUGUAGAAGAGCAUGGCACUGCUGGGCAGGGCGGAAAAAAAUUGGCAAAGACAUUGAUGUAUUUUGAAGGGUGUCCUAAGCCACUGGGAUGUACUAUUUUACUCAGAGGUGCCAAUGGGGAUGAGUUGAAGAAAGUGAAGCAUGUGGUUCAGUAUGGAGUUUUUGCCGCUUAUCACUUGGCUCUGGAAACAUCUUUUCUUGCUGAUGAAGGAGCUUCCCUGCCAGAACUACCAUUGAACUCUCCGCU